UCCCUGCCCCCAUCCCAAGGGCUCGGAAGGGGUACGAUAGAUGGGGAAAUGCCAGCGUGGGGUGGCCCCAGAGCUCAAAAUGCUUCCGUGCUCCCGGUGCUGAGUGUGGCUGUUCACCUGAACGCUGGGAUUUGGUGCCAACAAAGACUGUGACUCCUGCCAACCCUUCCUGGAACAUGUGCCUCCUCUGUGCCUCAGUUUCCCCUGUCACAACACAGGCUUGUGCCCCGAUUCCUCGCAGGUGCCUCGGGAGUCCUGCAGCCCGGCUGCCCUAUGUGCCCCACAUACCCCCCAUGGCACUGCUGGGCAAGGUCACUGCCACCACCUUCGCGCUGGAGAGGCCCUGCUGCGUCUUCGACGGCCACGCCGAUGCCUCCGACGCCGUUUGGCUGGUGGUGGCUUUUGCCAACGCAUCAGCCUCCUUCAGAAACCCCCGGUCCCGGGCUGACGUGCCCCCGUACAAGCAGCUGCCCACUGCCCACUCCUACAUGACGCUGGAGACGGCGGCGGCCGCGUAUUCGUGCUCGGCACCGAGCUCGCCCGUCCUGCGGGUCGGGGAUGACACGGCGUGCAGGGACCAGGGCAGACAGGACCCCUGCAAUGGGCCCCUGCCCUCCCCGGGACCCUACAGGGUGAAGUUCCUGCUGAUGGGCUGCCGCGGCCCCAAGGCGGAGACGCGGUGGUCGGAGCCCAUCCUCCUGCGCAGAGCUGUCAGCCCGGGCACCAUUGACCCUGCGCCCACUCGCCGUGGCAGUGAUGUGGUGGUCAUCGCCUCCAUCCUGGCCAGCCUGGGGGCUGUGCUCGCCACCGCCGUGCUCGGAGCCCUGGGAGCCAAGGUGUGGGGCUCCCUGUGCCACCAGGAUUUGGGGACCGAUGCCUUCAUCCGCAGAUCCUACCGGACCCACCACAUCCCUCCGGCCCUGCCCCAGCCCCUGCCCCCUGGCUGCAGGUGUAGCCCCCCUGGGCUGUGCCACUCUUCCCCCCAACCCCCUGCUCCUUGUCAGAGAAUCAUGGAACAGUUUGGGUUGGAAGGGGCCAUAAAGACCACCUUGUUUCAACCCCCCUGCCAUGGGCAGGGACAACUUCCACUAGACAUGAAGUGUCCUGUCAAGUAA